AUGGCCGCAGCAUGGACAAACGUCCGCAAAGACUUAACGCAGUUCGAAGAUUCUCUACGGUCAGCACCCACCUUACCGCUAAAGGAAUCGGAGACGAUUGAUGGAAAGAUGGGGGCACUGGACGAGCAUCUUAAUGGGGUCGAUGAAGACGGCUUGGAGAGACAGCUAGGCGAGAAGGAUGUGCUUCUCAAGGAGAGAGAUGAGACUCUGAGGGAGAAGGACAAGAUGCUCAAGAUUCUGGGUGAGCGGCUAAAGGGCCUGGAUGUGGCGAUGGAGAGAGAUGAGGAUCUCAACGCUGGUCUGAAGCGAGAGUUGGGGGAGAAGGAAAAGAUGCUCACUGCAUUUGGCGAGCAGCUCAAUGAAAAGGAUGCAAGGAUCAAGUCACUGGACAAGCAGAUCGAGGAAAGGGCUGCGAAGGUUGCGAGGUUGCGGGAGAAGAUCGCAUUACUGCUGCAAGUCCUCUUUAAUAUGCACGAAGCCUUCGAGCAUACUCUCGGCGCUUAA